AUCAAACUUUCAAUUGAAGUUGUCUAAUUCAGUUGCUAAUUUGACCUAAUCGGAAUAGAUCGGUUUGCAAGUUGACGGAUGAUAAACUAUCGUUUGCGUAUAGCGUGACAAGAAACAAAAGAAAUAUGCACUGAGUAUAAUAGUGCGUUAUAUUUAAUUUCAAGUGAAUUACAAGUUACCAAAAUAAAAUGAUUGUAUUUAAUAUUUUAUUAAUUUGUAUGCUUCCUUUCGGAGCAAUGUGUUAUUUUAAUAUGACCGCCUAUAGGCAAAUGCCACCAUUAUAUAUUUUGGAUGAUUAUGAUAUGUGUUUGGAUAAUAUUAAGCAAUCAUCUUAUUGCUUGGUGUUGGGACAAAUUGUACCAAAUGAGACUUCAAGUCUUUGGAAUCAAAUUUCAAAUUUUUCAGCAGUAACAAAGCGUCACUUCCGUCAUGAUUAUAUUUAUUUUGGUGUUUGCUUGAAUCCUUGCAAAAAGCUUUUACAUCCAUUCAGUCCAUUUCGUAAGGAUAUGCUGUAUGCUGGAAAAAUACACGACAAUGAGCUUGUUGACUAUUUUACAGAUAUAAAUAAACGAGAAUCUGACAACAGAAUAGUUUAUGAUAAAAUUAUAAACACAUGUAUAAAUUACAAAUUUAAUAAGCAAUAUGAUCUGCAAGUGCGAUCCUUUGUUCAAUAUUGCGUUCAAAAUAACGAACCAAAUAAAUUUGAUGGCCUGGAGAAUACAUUUAUGAGUCUGCUUGGAAUGCUCAUCCUUUUAGUUUUAUUCUCAUCAUACUAUGAUCGAAAAUUGAAACAAAUAGAACCUUUAAAUAUGCAAGGAUAUGAUUUUUAUAAAUGUCCUUUACAAACAAGAAAUGAAACAAUUUUGACAUCAUUUUCGCUAUUUCGAAAUUACUUUCGAUUAGUUGUACCUUCACGUGGGGAACUGGCACGAGAUUUCAGAUUCCUGGAAACGUUUCGAUUCUUCGCUAUUAUUAUGGUAAUAUUUGCCCAUGCCCUGCUCAUUUUAAAAGCAGUUCCCACACUAAACACAGAAUAUGCUGAACGAACCUUUUACAAGCUUGAAUCAAAUAUCUUUAUUAAUGGCAGCGUUAUUGUUCAGAUAUUUUUAGUUAUGAGUAGUUUUUUAUUAUGUGUGAAUUUUCAAAAAUCGAUGGCUUUAAAUAAACCUGGUAUCUCCGAGUGGUUUAAACUGAUUAUAUAUCGAUAUUUAAGAUUAGCACCGUCAUUGGGUUUUGUGAUUUUUUUAAAUGCUUCAAUAUUGCCUCGACUUCAAGAUGGACCAUUCUGGAGGCAUGUUUCUGAACCAGAGUAUAUACUUUGUAGAGAAACAUGGUGGACAAAUUUAUUGUUUAUCAAUAAUUUUACACUGAGAAAAAGUUGUCUUCAUCAAACUUGGUACAUAGCAGCAGAUUUUCAAUUGUAUAUAAUAGCAUCUGCAAUACUCAUCAUAAUUGCGAGAUAUCCAUACACAAAAAAAUUAAUUUUCGGAAUAGCCAUCAUCAUAUCAUUCUUAUCUUUAGGUCUUGUAACCUAUUAUCAGGAGCUAGAUGCUGUUCAUCAAGAAACACCUGAUUCUUAUCGAUAUUUAUUUUGGACCAAUGGUGACACUAUAUACAAAGGAUAUGCACCCUUCUAUACAAACUUUGGAGGAUUUGUCUUUGGCACAAUUAGUGGAUUUAUCUAUUUGAAAUACAAAACGGAAGGUCUGAAUUUGAAGGAAAAAAAGACUAAAAUAAAUUUGAUACUCUUUGCAUCACUUCCAUUACCAUUCCUUCUGUUACUUUCUGGUGAAAUAUUUUAUCAAAUCGAAUUUCCAAGACCAUCAAUCUGGGUUAGCCUGUAUGCUGCAUUAUUUCGAAAUGUUUGGGCUUUAAUAUGCUGUUCAUUUGUAUUAUUGAUGUCUUUCAAAGCUGGAUCAAUACUUUAUAAAUUCUCAUCGAUGAAAGUUUUCGUGCCCCUUGGAAGACUAUCAUUUCAAGUUUACCUUAUUCAUUUGAAUGUUAUACGAUGUCUUGGUGGAUGUGUACGUCAACCAGUUUAUGUUAAUAAUUUAAUUGUGACUAUGUAUAUUUUAGCAAGUAUUGCUAUUUCAUUUAUGGUUGCAUUCUUCUUGUAUUUACUUUUUGAGUUGCCUUUAACUAAUAUUAUAAAUUCAGCUAUAAAAAGUGGUGAAUCUUCAAAACCUAAAAACAUUAAGACGAUGCAUGGGUCCAAUAAAGAAGAAACAACAGAAACUUAACUGACAUUGUUAAAUUACUUAUAAAAUUGAAAUACUGAUUUACAAUUAAAUGGUACAUUUUUUUGA